AUGACUUGUUACCGAGGCUUCCUGCUGGGCAGCUGUCGUCGCGUGGCUGGGGGCCGGGCAGCGGCGCUCAGGGGGCCGGGCGCGGGAGGCCCCGCCGCGUGGCCGUGGCUUGGCUGUGAAGGCGGCGGCCGGCGGCACCUGGGGCACGGGCAGCUGCGCCAGCUGGCGGGCUGUGGUAGCCGCCCCGACGGCGGCUUCCGCCCGUCGCGGGUGGUGGUGGUGGCCAAAACCACCCGGUACGAGUUCGAGCAGCAGCGAUACCGUUACGCGGAACUCUCGAAGGAGGACCUGAAGCAGCUGCUCGCACUGAAAGGCUCUAGAUACAGUGGACUGCUUGAGCGGCAUCAUAUUCACACCAAAAAUGUAGAGCACAUUCUCGAUAGUUUACGAAAUGAGGGAAUUGAGGUUCGUCUCGUAAAGAGGAGAGAAUAUGAUGAGGAAACUGUUCGAUGGGCAGAUGCUGUCAUAGCUGCAGGAGGGGAUGGCACGAUGCUUUUGGCAGCAAGUAAAGUCUUGGACAGACUUAAACCAGUUAUUGGUGUAAACACCGACCCAGAACGGUCUGAGGGUCAUUUAUGUCUUCCUGUUCGAUAUACGCAUUCCUUCCCAGAAGCCUUACAGAAGUUCUAUCGUGGUGAGUUCAGGUGGUUAUGGAGGCAGCGAAUUAGGUUAUAUCUUGAAGGGACUGGCAUCAACCCUGUUCCUGUGGACCUCCAUGAACAGCAGCUGAGUUUGAAUCAGCAUAGUAGAGCCUUCAACAUUGAAAGAGUUCAUGAUGAAAGGUUCGAGGCUUCUGGACCCCAGCUUUUGCCAGUCAGAGCACUUAAUGAAGUCUUCAUUGGGGAGAGUUUAUCAUCCAGGGCUUCCUACUACGAGAUUUCAGUUGAUGAUGGUCCAUGGGAAAAACAGAAGAGCUCUGGGCUCAAUUUGUGUACUGGAACAGGAUCAAAGGCCUGGUCAUUCAAUAUUAAUAGAGUGGCACCUCAGGCUGUGGAAGAUGUUCUAAAUAUUGCAAACCGACAAGGAAAUUUAAGUCUUCCGUUGAACAGAGAAUUGGUAGAGAAAGUAACAAACGAAUAUAAUGAAUCAUUGCUCUACAGUCCAGAAGAACCAAAAAUACUUUUCAGUAUUCGAGAACCAAUAGCAAACAGAAUUUUCUCGAGCAGUCGUCAGCGUUGUUUUACCUCAAAGGUGUGUGUGCGUUCUCGGUGUUGGGAUGCAUGCAUGGUUGUGGACGGAGGAACUUCCUUUGAAUUUAAUGACGGAGCCAUUGCUUCAAUGUUGAUCAAGAAAGAAGAUGAGCUUCGAACUGUGCUUCUAGAGCAGUGAAGGAUUGCCUCAGAUGACCAUUUUGAUUGCCAGAGAAAUAGUUUUACUGCAGAAACAGCCUACCAGUCAUAAAGCUACAGUUUUUGGUUGUUGUUCAGACUGGUUGGCCUUGGGCUGAAAGGCGACCAAGAAAGUGAGAUUUGCAUUAUUCUUCUGAUGGAUUCUGAUGGAAAAGACGUUCACUGUGUAAGAAAAUGGAGGACUAUACUGAUGAGAAUUCAUAACAGUGAAAUUUUGAUACUGCUUACAAUUGGUUUCCAAGAGUGCUGGUAUCUUUAUAAAUUGAGAGAGGUAGGCGCAAAUAAAAGAUUUAAUGUUUAGGAUUUGAAAUUUAACUGUACAAGUUUUUUUUUUUUUUUCCCCUUCCUUUUCCUCCUCACUUUGUGGAAUUGGUCAGA